UGUAAUCACGCGAGAGUUCAGUAGGCUUUAAUUUACCCAGCGUUGGGCUAUUUCUGGUUGGGUUUUCCAAGUUUCGUAUCGAUAUUUCUUGAAAUGUAUAGUAUACAAAUGUUGCGGGUGAAACAAAUCUAUUUAUAUUGGUAACUAAUCUUAAACAUCAAUACAUCUGGAGUACUCUACGUCCAAGAAGAAGUAUAGUAUCUAUGAUUUACAUAGAAGGAAGGAAACGUUAUUAACAUGUGACUACCCACGGCAAGUUCAUACUCGUCCAUCUUGGGGGACAAGCUCUGGUAUUGUCUGAAGUCUUGCAUGGGUGAAUGACCUCUAUACGUUUGUCAGUUUCCAGCUGUAGUACAAGAUGGCGACAGGUCUACGAGUUAUUCGAGGACGUGAUUGGCUGUCGGGUGACGCUGACGGGGGUGAAGGUCAUCUCGGAACGGUGGUGUCAUAUUGGGAAGAUGAAACAGCUGAAGUAAUCUGGGACAAUGGAAAACAAACUGUGUCGAACAUUGGGAAGGACAGCAAAUACGAGCUGAGGGUUGUAGACAAUGCUACUGUAGGAAUUCGCCAUCAGAAUAUUGUCUGUGAUACCUGUGAAGAGGUUAAUAUGAAUGGCAUGCGAUGGUCAUGUGAGGAUUGUACCAAUUACGAUUUGUGCUCUUUGUGCUACUUCACGGGAAAGCAUAACCUCUCUCAUGAGUUCAAGCGUCGUGACACGCGCCAAUCUACGGGAGAGCGUGUGCCUGCACGGGAUACUUCGAAGAAGAUUCGAACUAGAGGACUGUUUCCUGGCGCCGUCGUUGUUCGUGGAACUCAUUGGGAUCAGGGGGACAAAGAUGGUGGUCCAGGCAAGGAAGGUUCUGUAGUUGUUAUGCUCAGCGUUGAUUCUACGUCACACAGAUCGGCUGUGAGAGUAGCGUGGGAAUCAGGGGAGACAACUACAUGUCGUGUAGGUCACCAAGGUCAGGUGGAUGUCCAGUGUGUCCGUGAAGCACUGGGACCAGACAUUUAUGCUGAACAUCUGCCACUUUUAGAUGUUGCUGGUGCCAGAGCUGCACUAACCUUGACGUCUCAAUCAGAGGGUGGAAGUCUUCAAGGAGCCAUAGUGCCUAAACUGAAGAAGGGCGCCAUAGUGAGGAUUCUUGAUGACAAGGACAAGGUCAAAGAAUUGCAGGACGGUCACGGGGAAUGGAUAGACCCUAUGGAAAAGGCCCUUGGUAAGGUGGGCAAGGUGGUGGUGGUACAUGAAAGUGGUGAUGUAAACGUCAAGUUUGGGAGAAGGGUGUGGGUUUUCAACUCGGCAUGUUGUGUCCCUGUCCCCGAGUCGGAGCAGCCGUACGAAUCGUCAGACGAAGAAGACUCAGACCCUCUCGGCCUGUUGAAAACCUUGGCAAAAACGUUAGAACAGCAGACUCAACUGCUAGGACUUCUUGGGUCAGAUGAAGAAGAGGGGCGUAUGUCAUUGAAAGGAGAGGGGUCAAAAGAAUUUUUAGAAGCAAUUAAAGAUUCAGAUGUGGAGAGAGUCAAGAAGGUUUUAGAGAGAUUUCCAAAACUAGUAACUGCGCGACCAGACAAUGGCAUCACAUGUUUGCACAUUGCAGCCAAUGAAGGAAAACUGGACAUUGUUAAGUUUCUGGUGGAAAAAGGGUUUGAUGUGAACGCUAAAGACCUGUCUGGAAACACAGCUCUUCUAAAAGCUUUGAAAAAGAAACAAGUUGACGUCUCAUGAUUUCUACUUGAAGCUGAUACUGAUCUAGAGAUCAGCAACGACAGCGGCCAAAGCGCUAUGCAUAGUGCUGUGUAUGCUGGAAACGCUUCACUUGUUCGUGAUCUGAUAAUGCGAGCUUGUGACGUCAAC